AAGUGAAAAGAAAUGAAAGUUAGAAAUUGCCUGAAAACAUCUUAGUUGACUGAUUUGCGUGGUUGUUGCCAUCUGGGCUGGAUAAUAUGUUUAGCUACUAUAAAGAUUGAAAGAUUCAAUAAGAUCCAAUUAAGAUUGAAGUUCUGCUGUUCCUAAAGAUAAUGCUCUUAAAAACAGAAUGCCAAAAUGUGAAUUUGGAAUUUGAAAGCAGUCUUAUUAUCAGUUAACCUGUCUGAAAGAAUUAGGGAACGAGAUGCAGGUGCGUGUGUGAUCAGUGAUAGCAGGUGGAUGCGGGAUUAGUCCAGGAAUGAUGUAUCAUGGGAAUUGCAGUUCGUAUCGGAAAGUCAGUAUUCGGGCGAGGGUGCCCUCUGGCGGCCAGAGAGGGAGGUCAUGGAGUCUGUGAUCGUGACACCAGCAGGGGAGAUCAGAUUUAACCAGACCUGGUCAUUAGAAGAAAUCAUUCAAUGGAUCAACUCGAGCCCAGCUCAGUGCAGAUGGGGAGAUCUUCUCCAUGUCCCAGCCAUGAGUCCACGAGCAGUGAACAUUCAAUGGAUAAACCACCGGAUUUAAAAGAAUCCAGCUCAAUGCAGAUGGGGAGAUCUUCUCCAUGUCCCAGCCAUGAGUCCACGAGGAGUGAUCAGUCAAUGAAUAAACCAUUGGAUUUAAAAGAAUCCUGCUCAGUGCAGAUGGGGAGAUCUUCUCCAUGUCCCAGCCAUAAUUUCAUGAGCAGUGAACAUUCAAUGGAUAAACCACCGGAUUUAAAAGAAUCUAGUAAUGCCUCACUCCUUGAUAAAAUCCGAGAUGCAUUCCAAUCAAAAAUGAGGAGCAGUUUUCAGUGUUUGCAUGAAGGGAUAUCAAAAAACAGUGCCCCCAUACCUCUCAAUGAGAUUUACACUGAGCUCUACAUCACAGAAUAUGGAGGUGGAGAGAUCAAUAAUGAACAUGAGAUCAGAUGGAUUGAAAAAGCUUCCAGGAAAGCCACAAUGGAGGACACCACAAUCAACUGCAAUGACAUCUUCAAACCCUUACCUGGACAAAACCAACCCAUCAGAGCUGUGCUGACCAAAGGAGUCGCUGGCAUUGGAAAAACAGUCUCUGUGCAGAAGUUUAUUCUAGACUGGGCUGAAGGGAAAGUGAAUCAGGACGUCUACCUCAUAUUUCCACUUCCUUUCAGAGAGCUCAAUUUGAAAAAGGACAAACUCAGUCUUUCAGAUCUUCUCCAUGUUUUUUUCCCUGAAACUAUGGAAAUGGACAUUUUCAGUGAUACAUAUAAAGUGUUGUUCAUCUUUGAUGGUUUGGACGAGUGCCGGUUUCACUUAAAUUUUCACAGCAAUGAGAAUCUACGUGAUGCAACCAAAGAGACAUCAGUAGACCUGCUGCUGACGAACCUCAUUUUGGGGAAUCUGCUUCCCUCUGCUCUCAUCUGGAUCACCUCCAGACCAGCAGCAGCUGAUCUCAUCCCCUCUGAGUGUGUUGAUCGAGUGACAGAGGUACGAGGCUUCAAUGACCCACAGAAGGAGGAAUACUUCAGGAAGAGAAUCACUGAUCAGAGUCUGGCCAAUAAAAUCAUCUCACACCUGAAGUCAUCGAGGAGCCUCUACAUCAUGUGCCACAUCCCAGUGUUCUGCUGGAUCUCAGCCACUGUUCUAGAGAAGAUGUUGAGUGGAGCAGAGAGUGGAGAGAUUCCCAAGACUCUCACGCAAAUGUACACACACUUCCUGAUCCUUCAGACCAACAUCAAACAUGAGAAGUACUAUGAGAAGAAAUUAAAAGCUGAGGACAUGGUUUUCAAACUGGGUAAACUAGCUUUUCAGCAGCUCGAGAAACAUAAUCUGAUCUUCUAUGAGGAAGAUCUUAGAGAAUUUGGCAUUAACGUGCAAGAAGCUGCUGUGUACUCAGGAUUGUGCACUCAGAUCUUCAGAGAAGAAUCAGGCCUGUUUCAGGGGAAAGUCUACUGCUUUGUUCAUCUGAGCAUUCAGGAACAUCUAGCAGCGUUAUAUGUGUACCUCUCCUUUGUGAAUCAAAACACAAAUGAAUUAGACCAACCAAGUCUUCUACUCAAAGGUCUGCUUUGUGCUGCACAGGGUUCAAUAUUUUACCUCCAUCAGACAGCUGUGAAGAAAGCUCUGCAGAGUACCACUGGACAUCUGGACCUUUUCCUUCGCUUCCUUCUGGGCUUCUCACUGGAGUCCAAUCAGACUCUCUUAGGAGAGCUACUGAAACAGACAGAAGGCAGCUCUGACAACAAAGAGCGAAUAGUUAGGUUCAUAAAGGGGAAGAUCAAAGAGAAUCCUUCUCCAGAGAAAUCGAUCAAUCUGUUCCACUGCCUGAGUGAACUGAAUGAUCAUUCCCUAGUGGAGGAAAUCCAGCAUUAUCUAAAAUCAGGGUCAAGAAUAAAUACAACACUGACAGCCUCGCAAUGGUCAGCAAUGGUCUAUGUAUUGCUAACCUCAGGGCAAAAACUAGAUGUGUUUGAUUUAAAUGAAUACGUUGGGACACAUGUCUUGCCAGAUGAAAGUCUUCAAAGGCUACAGCCGGUGCUUGAAGCAUCCAGAACUGCAAUACUUUGUGAGCAUAACCUGACAAGGAAAGGCUAUACAACCUUAGGUUCUGUUCUCAGCUCAAAGACUUGCUGUCUGAAAGAGUUAAACCUGACUAGGAGUACUGUGAAUGAUUCAGGACUGAAGCUACUCUGUGCUGGACUGGAAAAUCCUCAUUGUCAGUUGGAGAGGCUGAGGCUGGAGUUUUGUAGUGUUUCUGAUAAAGGUUGCACUUUUCUGGCUUUGGCUCUGAGAUUAAACCCCUCACAUUUGAAAGAGCUGGAUCUGUCCGGAAAUAAACUCAGUAACUCUGGAUUGAAGAAUCUUUCUGCUGAAUUGCAGAAUCCUCACUGUAAACUAGAGAAACUGUGGAUGAGACUUUGUGGUGUUACAGAUGAAGGUUGUGCUGCUCUGGCUUUGGUUCUUAAAUCAAACCCCUCACACCUGAGAGAGCUGAAUCUGUCUGGGAAUAAACUGAAAGAUUUAGGAAUGAAGGUCCUUGCUGAUGGACUAGAGAAUCCUCACUGUAAACUGGAGAUACUGAGGUUGGGAGACUGUGGUAUCACAGAUGAAGGUUGUUCAGCUCUGGCCUCAGCUCUAAGAUCAAACCCCUCACAUCUGAGAGAUCUGGAUUUGUCUGGUAAUAAACUCACAAACCUUGGUCUAAAGAGGCUCUCUGUUGAAUUGGAACAUUCUGACUGUAAUCUUGAGAUGCUCAGGUUAAUGAAUUGUGGCGUCACUAGUGAAGGCUGUGCUGCUCUGGCCAAAGCUUUGAAAUCAAAUCCUUUAAACCUGAAAGAGCUGGAUCUUGGUUGGAAUAAACUGGGUGACUCCGGUGUGCAGCAACUUUUUGUUGUAUUGGAAAAUCCAAACUGUAAAUUAGAAGUUCUGCGACUGAGAGAUUGCAACAUUGCAGAGGAAGGUUGUGCUGCUCUGGCUUCAACAUUGAAAUCAAACCCGUCACACCUGAGAGAGCUGGAUCUGUCUCAAAAUAAACCAAGAACAUUAGGGGUGAAAAUGCUCUGUACCGCUAUGGAAAAGCCUGACUGUAAACUUGAGAUACUGCGUUUGGAAUAUUGUGGUCUUACAGAUGAAGCUUGUGCUGUUCUGGCAUCAGCUCUAAGAUCGAACCCCUCACACCUUAGAGAGUUGGAUCUGUACAUGAACAAUCUAGGAGAUUUAACAAGGCAGCUGUUGUCUGCUAUGAAGGAUGACCCAAACUUUAAACUGGAAAAACUACAACUGCAAAUGCAAACACUACAAUAUUAAUCACAUCAUUAUUCUUAAAUAUCCAGUUUUUUUAAAAGAAAUAAGCUUUUGUUAUUCUUCUGUAGGUCUACUGAAAUGAUCCUCGCAUGUCUUAAAAUGUAAAGAGAUUGAUUAUGAGUCUUUGCACUCAGUUUAAUUUUGAUAAGUAGAUAAGUUGUCUCCACUCAACUUUAUCUUUGGUUAAGACUAAACACUAUCAGAUUUCCACAUUCUUCUUCAUGCUACAAGGCCACAGACAAAUCGUGAGAAAUGGAUGUGAAACAUGGACUAGGUGCAAGUUGUAUGUGAGUCUUCACAAUGGGAAGGAUGAAUCAAGAAAGGCCUGUAGCUAGCUAGAUAAUAUUGGACUUUACUGUUUAUUACAAUACAUUUUAUUGUUUACCUUUUUAUGUUUCUGGUGCAGUAUUGCUAUUUUUACUGGAAAUGCAAGCUACAUUACAAACUGUUAAUUUGUCUAUGUAAAAGUUAAGCAGUUAUGUGUGUAAUGGUGCUUACAUUAAAAAUCAUGUAUACAAA